AUGACUGCCCGGAUGCUUUCCAAACUUCGUUAUUUGCCUGAACAGCGGUGUGCAACUGAAAUUCGUUUGCUGCUGUUGUUCAACGCAGCUAAAAGUUGCGAGGCCGUGUUCGAGAAGUUGGGUGAGCCCCAGAAGACACCGCUUUUCCAAUCCACGGCCAAGUCCGAGACCUCCAAGCUCUGUUCCAUGCAGAAUUCGAGCCUGGGGAAUGCCGAACCAGACUGCCAGAGCAGGUCCGAGCACCAGCCCAAGGGACCCGUUGCAACGCCACGUUCCCAAUUACGAAUGGCACCGUAG